UUGGACGCGUUCUCAAGUUUGAUAAGCCGCAGGUGGGGAAGGCACGUUUACGCCACUUUACGACGGCCUCCAUUGCCGUACGGCAGCAGCCGUGUUUGGACGCAACGUGGAGUUGUUUACUAUUCCUGGCAGCCUUGUGGGGUUGAAAAAACAGAUGUAAUUCCUCAAACACACACCCAAUUUUUAGAAAUUUCACCGUGAGCCUAAAGGAAGAAAUGGGGAAGCCAAAGAAGAAGAGUGAUCUCAGCCGAGCUGAGCUCAUGAUGAUGACCAUUGCCGAUGUCAUCAAGCAGCUGGUUGAGGCCCAUGAAGACGGCAAAGACAUUAAUCUCAACAAAGUGAAGACUAAGACUUCAGCUAAAUAUGGACUUGAAGCCCAGCCUCGCUUGGUCGACAUCAUUGCUGCUGUUCCUCCACAGUACCGUCGUGCUCUGGUGCCCAAACUGAAGGCCAAACCCAUUCGCACUGCCAGCGGGAUUGCAGUUGUGGCUGUGAUGUGUAAACCACAUCGAUGCCCCCACAUCAGCUUUACAGGAAAUAUCUGUGUCUACUGUCCUGGUGGACCAGACUCAGACUUUGAGUACUCCACACAGUCUUACACUGGCUAUGAGCCAACGUCCAUGAGAGCAAUCCGAGCACGUUAUGACCCUUACCUUCAGACCAGACAUCGGGUGGAGCAGCUGAAGCAGCUGGGUCACAGCGUGGACAAGGUGGAGUUCAUUGUGAUGGGCGGGACCUUCAUGUCUCUACCUGAGGAGUAUCGAGACUAUUUCAUCAGGAACCUACACGACGCCCUGUCAGGACACACGUCCAACAACGUGGCCGAGGCCGUCAGGUACUCUGAGCGCAGUAACACCAAGUGUGUGGGGAUCACCAUUGAGACACGGCCCGACUACUGCCUGAAGCGACACCUCAGUGACAUGCUGGGCUACGGCUGCACCCGUCUGGAGAUAGGAGUCCAGAGUGUGUACGAAGACGUGGCCCGCGACACCAACAGAGGACACACAGUGCGAGCUGUAUGUGAGUCUUUCCACCUGUCAAAGGACGCCGGCUUCAAAGUAGUCGCCCACAUGAUGCCAGAUCUGCCUAAUGUGGGCAUGGAGAGGGACGUGGAGCAAUUCAUUGAGUUUUUUGAGAAUCCGGCAUUCAGGCCUGAUGGUUUGAAACUAUACCCAACGCUGGUGAUACGAGGCACGGGUCUGUACGAGCUGUGGAAGACCGGCCGGUACAAGAGCUACACGCCCAGUGACCUCGUGGACCUGGUGGCCAGAAUCCUGGCGCUGGUACCACCCUGGACACGAGUCUACCGGGUACAGAGGGACAUCCCCAUGCCGCUGGUGAGCUCUGGAGUAGAGCAUGGAAACCUCAGAGAGCUGGCACUGGCCAGGAUGAAGGAUAUGGGCACUGAGUGUCGAGAUGUGAGAACCAGAGAAGUGGGCAUCCAGGAGAUCCACCACAAAGUCCGACCUUACCAGGUGGAGCUGGUGCGGAGGGACUAUGUGGCUAACGGAGGCUGGGAGACCUUCCUGUCCUACGAAGACCCAGAGCAGGACAUCCUGAUUGGCCUGCUGCGUCUGCGUCGUUGCUCCCCACAGUCCUUCCGUCCAGAGCUGAAAGGAGGCACGUCCAUUGUCCGCGAGCUGCACGUUUAUGGCAGCGUCGUUCCCGUCAGCAGCCGAGAUCCCAGCAAGUUCCAGCAUCAGGGCUUUGGUAUGAUGCUGAUGGAGGAGGCAGAGAGAAUUGCCAGAGAUGAACACGGCUCCAGCAAAUUGGCUGUUAUCUCAGGCGUAGGAACAAGGAACUACUACAGGAAGAUGGGCUAUGAGUUGGAGGGACCAUAUAUGGUGAAGAACCUGUAUGGACCUGGAAUGGACUGAACCUGGAUAAUGUUUUUAUCUUCACAGUGGCUACACACACACACACACACACACACCUUAUCUUAUUUAUCAGGACAAUGUUCUCUGGACACAGUUUCUGGAGUUUGCUUGGAGAAUCUUUUUUGUGUUUGUAACAUCAGAGGAGAUAAUGGUUGGGGUUUUCUGUCGGUCCCUGCUUUUUAUCUGCACUCCGGGCAUUGCUGUUGCAUCUGCUCCUCGUUAUGCAGAUAAGGAGACGGUGCGAGAGGAUGAAAGGAAUAAAGUUAUUUGGGAUGAGGCCAGAGCAUCUUGUGAAUGAGGCUUUUAGAUAAAACUCUUCUGUACUGCUAGCAUAAAAGAAUUAUUUUUAAAAAAUUUUAGUCUGCCACUUUCCCUAAACAUAAACAUAAACAAACAAACAAAAGCAUGUUGGUAUUUUUAGUUUUUCACUAUAAUAAAAAUGGGGUGCCACCAGUGCCUUGCCGGUGAACUGUUUCAGCAAGCAGCCUCAUCCAGUCUGACGAGGACCGAUAAGGAUACGUUUUUAAUUCUACCCAAAUGUUGUCUGAAUAUCGAGGUAUCCCCUAAAUAAUGUUUGUGUGUCCGUCUGGGAUGAGAAACCAGUUUAGCAUCACGGUUUGAGUUAAUCAUAUUUAUGUUGCAAUUAAAUGGAAAAACCCAUUAUGAGUCAAGCGUUCAUUAAUGGUUGGCAGUGGAUGAAUGAACAGUGGAAAGUGUCCUUGCUGGGCAGCUGUUGUGUAAUUGCUUGAUUUUAAUUUGUAGGGCAGGAAAUUGAAUAUUAGUUACAUAAAUUGCUUUUUUAAAACCACACAGUUAAUCCUAUUUCGUGUUUUUCUGUCAUGCAUUCUUGGGCUUCAUGUUUUCUGGUAAAUUACAGAUGUUGCAUACAUCACGUGAUGAGUUCUCAAGGAAUAAAGUGUAUUUCUGUUUCUA